AGAAAGCAAAGUUCUCGGGCUGUUUUCCGCAGCCAAAGUCAAGUUGAAGCAGUGUUAACAUCUAAUUCAAAACCAAAGACAAGAAUGGAAAAACAGAUCCUGCCACAAAUUUUCAAAGGAAUUUUAUUCAUAAACGUAUUAAUUGCAAGAGUCAAAGUUGCCGCAAUUUCUUGCCCUAGUCCCCCGAUGACAUAUGCUUCGGAAGGCGAUAACGUCACCUUGUGCUGGCGAAUUGUAGCCAACUCUAGUAUUGUGAGCCGCUAUUAUGUUAGGGCCCUGUCAAGGCCAGUCGAGUCUGUAAUGGAUCCGGUCGGCUCUGCAAAUGGGACUGGAUAUUUUGAAAAGGUGUACGCUAGGAAGCAUGACGGAAAUUACAUCAACAGAGCCACUGUAAUUGCCGAUUUAUCCGCCGGAAUGGUGUAUCUCAAGAUUACGAACUACACGAAAAAGAUGGACAAUGUGUACUGUGUGCAUUACCAAUCCCGGUUGGGCAUGAAUGACUUAACACCAUGCCAUUCUCAAGCGCUGUUAUUGCGAAAUAUUGACCUCCGUGAAGUCCCAUUACAAACCACCACAAUGAUGGCAACAGAAACCACGACCAAAGCUACCACGGGCAAGACAGUAAGUAAUCCUACUACUGAGAUGAGCACAGCAACACCAGAAGCAACUACUAAAGGUCCAAUCACUACCAUGGCUCCUUCUUCAAGGACUGCAUUGAUAGUUAUGAGCUGUUUGUUUGGUGUUGCCCUCAUUGGUGCAAUUGUUUGCUUCCUUCUGUUUUGCAAGGCAAGGAAACAAUCUAACCAUAUUCCCGUCAAAACGAACUGCGCGGCUGAGCAGCUUUAACUGUUUUUGACACUAACUGAUCCAACAGUUACAACACUGACUGGGGGCCUGGUCAAUAUUUGUCACCUGGGGUUGGGGUGGGGUAGG